AUGACAAAUUACGAUAAAUUGACCUUUGCACCGUUUUGUUUACAGGAGGUAUCGAUAUUCGUUUUCGAAAAAAAAUUGGCCGACAAGCUGCACAAACCCAGACGGAAGGAGACGGUGACGGAGAUACUGAAGAAGAGCGUGCACUAUCUGGAAAUGCUCAGACAGCCCAAACUCAUACUGAAGGUGGUGCACUCGGUGGAGGACUGCAACGACACGCUCGCUUUUGCCGCCGAGCCCGUGAUCGCCAGUCUGGCCAACAUACUCGCGUACCAGGCGUCCGUCGGCGGCCGGGCCGUCAACGGGCCACCGUCCACCGGUGCGUCCAUCAUCACGACCACGGCCAUGCCACGGCCGGCCCACGCGAGGGAGUACAACUUUUUGGACUUUGAGAUCAAGUACGGCAUCAGACAGAUUGCUGAAGCCCUUGAUUUCUUAUCACCUCAAGUCCACCACCACAAUGUUUGCCCAAGCAGUAUAUUGGUCACAAAAACAGGAACCUGGAAACUUAGUGGUCUAGAAUUCAUUGUUCAGACCGAGGCUAGAGAGCGGAUUACUUGUACUCCAUGGACGUCUAGACUGCCAAAAAUGGCACAACCCGAUUUGGACUAUAUAGCUCCAGAAGUCCAGUUGUCUUCAUAUUGUAGUUCUCACAGCGAUAUGUUCUCAUUGGGAAUGGUAAUAUUCGCGAUAUUCAAUAACGGUCGGCCACUGAUCCAAGCGAACCACAGCAGCUCAACGUACAUGAAACAAUUAGAUGUGUUAGAAAAUCAAAUUCACAAUGUAUUGCCCAAACUCCCGCCACAGUUACAAGAAAUGGCGACCAAAAUGCUGAGCAAGGACGUGGAUGCGAGACCGUUCGUCAAAAAUUUAUUACAUACUCCUUAUUUCUGCGAUCGUUUUGUGGAAACUAUUCAGACAUUGGAUAUCAUAAAUAUGAAAGAUCUAAUACAGAAAUGUCAGUUCUACAAGAUAACGCUGAAAGAGUCAUUACCAUUCAUUCCAAAGAAAAUUUGGUAUCAAAGAGUUUGGCCGUUUUUGCAACACGAAAUGUUAAAACCAGACGUAUCAGCAGCAGUCCUACAUCCAGUAAUAUUCUUAAUACAAGAGUCCACUCUUGAGGACUACGAAACACUCAUGUUACCUGCUAUGAGCAAAAUAUUCAAUGGUCCAAAACAUGUUCCUGUGCAAGUGAUACUACUGGAAAACUUGCAUGUGAUAUUAGAAAAAACGCCAAGAGACGACAUCAGAAAAGAAGUACUCCCUUUAUUGUACACAGCAUUUGACUUUUCAGACAUAGAAGUACAGGUGAGUCGUAAUUAUUGUGGUUAUUUUAAUAACCCUGGUUGUUACUUGAAUUAA